CUUUAAAAUGGCGGCUAGUAUAGACGGUGUUUUUGAAGAAAUUUUAAAAUCAUCGAUAUUAUCUGCCAGAGUGUUGGUUGUGGGCGCAGGAGGUAUAGGUUGUGAACUUUUGAAGAAUCUUGUUCUCUCAGGUUUCGAAGAUGUCGAAAUUAUUGACUUGGACACAAUUGAUGUGAGCAACUUAAAUCGCCAGUUUUUGUUUCAUAAGCAACAUGUUGGAAAAUCCAAGGCAGCAGUUGCACGGGAAAGUGCACUGACAUUUAAUCCCAAUGCCUCUAUCAAAGCAUACCAUGACAGUAUUACGAGCUCUGAAUACGGAGUGAAUUUCUUCAAAAGAUUUUCAUUGGUAAUGAAUGCCUUGGACAAUCGUGCUGCUCGGAACCACGUCAACCGAAUGUGUCUAGCAGCUGAUGUUCCUCUGAUUGAAAGUGGAACAGCAGGUUACGACGGUCAAGUGGAGUUGAUAAAGAAAGGUCUGACACAGUGCUACGAGUGUCAGCCGAAAGCAGCUCAGAAAACUUUUCCAGGGUGUACCAUUCGCAACACACCCUCUGAGCCCAUUCACUGCAUUGUCUGGGCAAAACAUCUCUUUAACCAGUUGUUUGGAGAAGAUGAUCCUGAUGAAGACGUGUCACCAGAUACAGCAGACCCAGAAGCUGCAGGUGAUGCAGGGGAGGAUGCCCUCAAGAUUUCCACAAAUGAGAAUGGUAAUGUUCAGCGUGUGUCAACACGAAAUUGGGCACAGUCAUGCAAGUAUGAUCCACAAAAACUGUUCCACAAGUUGUUUCAUGAUGACAUCAAAUAUUUGCUCAGUAUGGACAACCUGUGGAAGAAGAGAAUACCUCCAACACCCCUGUUUUGGGGGAAUCUUCCAGAUGCUGUUGCAGGUAGCAGCAGAAAUGAAAAGGAAAGUGGAUUGAAAGAUCAGAAAAUGUGGAGUAUUGCUGAGUGUGCUCAGAUAUUUGCCAACAGCUGCAGAAAUCUUAAGAACCAAUUUGAGUCCUUGAAAGAGGAUGAUCACUUGGUUUGGGAUAAGGAUGACAAGAAUGCAAUGGACUUUGUUGCAUCAUGUGCCAAUAUACGAGCUCACAUAUUUUCUAUACCUCAGAAAACCCGUUUUGAUAUUAAAUCUAUGGCCGGCAACAUCAUCCCUGCAAUCGCGACAACAAAUGCCAUCAUAGCUGGCAUCGUAGUGCUGCAUGCCUUCAACGUGUUGAAGAAUAAUUUUGAGAGUUGCCAGACAGCAUAUUUAAGGCCAAAACCAACCCACCGAAACCAACUGAUUGUGCCAGAGAAGUUUCUGAAUCCUCCAAAUCCAAAAUGCUAUGUUUGUUCUCCAAAGCCUGAGGUUACUCUCUGUGUUGAUGUAAACUCCAUGACAGUAAAGGAUUUAGAGGAGCAGGUGCUGAAAAAGACACUCAACAUGGUGGCUCCAGAUGUGAUACUAGAUGGAAAGGGAACUGUAAUCAUUUCUAGUGAGGAGGGUGAGACCUCAGAGAAUAAUCCAAAGAAGCUUGGUGAACUUGGAAUUGCAGAUGGAAGUAUUUUAAAGGUGGAUGACUUUCUUCAAAACUAUGAACUUAGUGUUACAAUCAUUCAAAGGCUAGUUCCAAAGGAUGGGCCUGAUUUUGAAGUUGUUGCUGAUCCAUCACAGCUGAAACCAAAGGAUGAUGAUAAAGUAGAAUCAUCAACAGCUAAUGGUGAACCAGAUCAAGAUGAUGAUAUACUACAAGUGGUGGAGGAAGAUGAUGAUAGUUCCCAGCAGUUUGAUUCCAAGAAGAGAAAAACAGAUGGUGAAACAGAAGGUGGCAUUUCAAAGAAGCGCAGAACUGAAGAUGUUAUUGUGGUUAUUUGAGAGGACAGAAAUUGAUGAAAUGCACCAAAUAAAAAAAGAGGUGGUUUUCUAAGGCAGCUAUGAAAAAAAUGCCAGUCGAAUAUCCUGGGACUGUGUUCUGCAGGGGUCUGUGUUAUAUGCAAGGGUGGUCAGCCUAUGUCUUAUUCUAGUUGAAGAAUUAAAACAAUCUUUACCUGUAAUAUUCGGCAA